UAAGCCUUGGAAUUUCAAGCCAAUUCUCCCAUCUUAAAUCCCCCCCACCCCCCAAAUCGUUCUUCACUUCCCUCUCAUAAAUUUUUUAGCUUUCCCCUGUUUCUCAUCAGCAACAACAGAAAACAGAAAGCCACCCUUCUUUUCCUCUAUCUUCCUCUAAGGACAAGAUACCCAAGAAAGAACUAAGGAGGUUUUGAUAUUUGUCUCAAAAAAAAAAUGGGGACUUUGGUGGGUCAUGUUGCGCCAGGCUUUGGCUUCUUUUUCAUUGGCUUAUGGCACCUCUUCAACCACAUCAAGCUCCAUGCUCGGUACCCAAAUUCUUAUACCUCUCCCCCGUGGUUUCCCACCUCAAGAUUCAAGUACUUGGAGCUCUUCUUGAUCAUGGCAGGAUGCUCUGCCUCCAUAGCCAUGGAGCUCUUCAUCGGCCCGGACCGGCACCAGCCGCUUGACCCUGAUGGAACCAUCCCCUCCAACCAUCUCCACAACUUCGAGCACUCCUCCAUCUCAAUGACUUUCUUGGUCUACGCCGCUUUUGCCAUUGUUCUUGACAAAAUCGGCGCCAGAGUUCAACAUGGGCUAACCCAAUUGCUCGGUGCCGUAGCCUUUUUCCAGCAGCUUUUUCUUUUUCACCUUCACUCAGCCGACCACAUGGGCCCGGAAGGCCAAUACCACUUGCUUCUACAAAUUGUUGUUUUUGUUUCUUUAGCCACCACUCUAAUGGGAAUUUCUCUCCCCAAGAGCUUCUUGGUCAGCUUUGUAAGGUCUGUCAGCAUAUUAUUCCAGGGCCUCUGGCUUAUUGUCAUGGGUUUCGUCCUUUGGACGCCGGGAUUGAUUCCUAAAGGCUGCUUCAUGAACCAUGAAGAGGGUCACCAAGUGGUAAAGUGCUCCGACGACGAAUCUCUUCAUCGCGCCAAAUCGUUGGUAAACAUUCAGUUCAGCUGGUUCUUGAUUGCAGUCACCAUUUUUGCAGUGUGCUUGUAUUUGGUGUUGGAUAAGGCUUAUGGCGAAAAGGAUGAGUAUGUUCCGUUGACAAAAGAAGAAGAUGAUCAGCAAGAAGAAGAAGAUCCUGAUGAUGUUGAGUCCCAAAAGAAGAGCAAUUUGAGCAAAUUUGGCAAUCCAAAGAGCUUUAUUCAAAUGGGAAAGGCCUUUUCAUCCAUUGACAUGGAAAGGUAGAUGAGGAAAAUAAAGAAAAGAAAAGUGUACAAAAGCGUUAGGUUGGUGGGAUCGCACUUUAUUUAAUUAAUUAAUCCAGCACGAAUUUUCUGGAUUAAACUUUAGUUUAGGGGGGAAAGUGCAUGUGGGGUAGAGGGAAAACGGUGUCUAAUUGUUUGGUUUGCAUUGAUGGCCUUUAGUGAUUGUGUGUAUAGAGAAAGUAAAAGGAGAUAAGAGGAAUUGUUCAUAGUAUCUUCAAACCACCAACUUGUGUAAAAUCUUCACUUUUGUUUUGAUAUAAUGUAAUUUGCUUGUGGUUUAUUGAAUUCUUCAUGAUUUCAUA